UAUUCAGUGCACCAAACAACGAUCUGUAUUGUAGUUGCAUUCGUAUUCAUCACUAACUGAACCGAAUACACAAAUACAUAUAUAUAUUAUAUAUGUAAUGCUAACUGUACAAUUAAUAUUUCUAAUUCAAACUACCAAAAUGCAAUACUGAUUCAAUUGUUUUGAUAAUGCCCGGACCUGUUUUGUAUUCAGGCCCCAGGACAUCAAAUUUGAUAGGAAACACUUUUUUGUUCUAAACCUGUAAUAACUGGAACCCGCCGACAACUGUAUUUUGGUAAUCACAGUAAUUAUAGUGGAUUAUGCAGAGAUAAUUUUUUUUUUUUUUUUUAGAUUUAUCCUGAAUUUCAGGUUUUUAUUAGUAUUUUCUGCUGAUGGUGCAAAAUGUUCAAUAUUCUCCAAAACACAGUAUGGUUUCGGCUAAUGCUUCACAUCCAGAAUUAGAGAACCAAUUUAGACUUGUGAAACCCUUACCCAAGGGCUAAUCUCAGUACCCAACUAUCAACAUUAAAAUAUCUGUAUUUUAUGUUUUGUUGUGGAAACCGACUUCCUACACUGAUUAUGUUCCAUGAUGAAUAACAGAUUUUCGGUUCCGUGAUUUUGCCGGCAUGUUACCAAUAUUCUACCAGAAACGAUUGUUUUGUGGAAUCAUGAAGCAUGUCUUUACUGUUCUUUAUGCACAGAACUUCUUAAGAUCCUGUUACGUACAGUACAUAAAACAUGAUUUUAAAAUUAAUCUGUUCCAUUUGUGCUAUGAUUUUGAUAUAUAUCAGUUUUAAAUCUAAAUCUUGAAUGGCAAAGCAUAAUGGCACAUGACUGUGUACUGGAUUUAAAUCGGUCCUCAAGUGCUAUAGACAGUUCAGGAGUAAAACAGUUGAUAGGAAUCAUUAAUCUCAACACACACCACACUCUUUUUUGUUAUAUUUACAAAUUUUCUGGUGUCACAUUUAUGGACAUGGUGGAUGUGCAUAUUAGAGACUAUCACUUGAUGAACAUUUAUACUAAAUAUAAGGAACUGAAAAACCCCACAUUUAAAAAAAUUAAAACAAAGUCCAAAAUGUUAUUGAAUUUACAGACACAGUUGAAGCAAGUAUUCGUAAACAUUGGGGUUGGGGCCGAUUGACUACUAACAAUUAGAUCAAUUUUCAACCAAACAACCCAGAUGGUUGGACAUCCAUAUGAUCCAUAUAGAAAAUGUUGUUUUAAUGUCUUGCCUUGCUUCCAUCUGUUUCUAAAUAAUAAAGUAAAUCAGAAUGGGAAACAAAUGAGGCAGAUGCUUAGAGCUUCAUUUUUUAUUGAUUCACAUUUUGCAUGGCAUGUGGGUUCAGUGUUAAUUGUAUUUGCACAUAUGCCUACAUGAUUUGUUGCAGGAAGAAGUUUCCAAGGAUGAGGUACCAGAGUGUAAAGAUAGAUGUCCUGGAUGUAAUAAGGUUUAUGACCCAGAAGUUGAAGAUCAUGUCCAGUGUACAAAACUUUCCUGUGGACAUUCAUUGUGUGCAAAGUGUAUAGAGGUGCAGUGGUGCAAUUCUGCCAGCAAUGAUGCUGAAGUUGUAAUGUGUGAAGUCUGUCAAGUUGCUGUUAAAAUUUCUCAUGACUUGGAUUCAAAUGUAGACAAGAACGAUGCUGCAGGAUCCUUAAAACUGGAAAUGUCUGCUUUUCUUCAAAAACAGAUAAAUAAAGCUCUACUGGACACCGAGCAGACAUUGCCACAGAAUGUUCAAACCUUUGACAAAAUCCACUCUGUCAGUUUUUCACCAAAUAUUCAGAGACCUCAGGGAUUACCAACUCCGGUCAGACAGACCCAGUUGUCACGAUCAGAACUAUUCAGCUGUAUACAAGGUGAAGAUUCUUCCUUGGCUUCCAAGUCACCUCAAAUUGAGCUUGGAGAUGAAUUCCUCAAAUUCAUGGCACAGCAAGAUGAAGAGCAUUUAGAACAGCUACUAUACACACUUGGGUGUUCCCCAAUCAAAGCUAGUACUGCUUCACUGAAAGCACAGAGACUGCCGUCAGCUUGUCCUUGUCAUUCAACCUCUCUAGACUGUCCACAGUGUCUGUUAUCUGAGUCUCCAACACAUCCCAAUAUUGGACAUUCUCGACAUACUCGACAUCUCAGGAAUUUAGGAAUGUCAUUAUGUGGAACACAAAAGAAGACUGAGAAAUCCAGAUCUGGUGGUAGGCAUGCUUCAAAACAUGCUGAUUGUUCAACUCAUCAUCAUAGAGCCUCUUCAAAAUAUUCAAAAUAUAAAGCCUUCUCCAGAUCAUUGAAAUUUGAUACCCAAAAUCUGGAAACUUUGUCGGCAGUUGCUUCAAUUCAAGGUGAUUUGGAUUCUUCCAUGGCUGAAAGUCUGCUUCAGCCACCACAAAAGCAAUCAAAUAAGAAAGAUGCCUCAAAUAAGCCAAAAGCUAAAAGAAAAAGCUACACUUUGCCUCAUAAAUCAGACCAGCAGUCUGAAGUGAAACCAGAUACAAGAUGUGUCCAUGUUUUACCACAAACCAGUGGUUCUGAUUCUGAAACUAACUCUUGUGAUAGCUUAACUACAGAAUCCAAGUUUGGAGUGCUAAAGAAGCAAGUCAUGCCAGAUGGUAGUAACAUUGAACACUUGUUCUUGGUUCCUACCGACUGGCUUUCCAACAAAGUGGAAGUUAAAAUGGUUCCUUCGGAAUCUGCACCUCAGCAGGAACAAGUCAUGCUAGACCAGGGCAUGCUUGAUGAUAGUGAGGUGUAUGGAACCCAUAACUUGCAUUCAAAUGCUACAUCUGUAUCUGAGAACUAUGAUCAAGUUAUUCAAACAAGUUGUGAAGGGCAUGUGUUGGAGGUAGGUCAACCAAGUUUAGACUGUAAUAAAGCCACUGAUAAUUUUAAAGUACUCUGCACAAAAGUAGCUACAGAUGAAACUGACAUGGAAUAUGAAAGAACCGAUUUAAGGGCUUUAGAAAAUGACACAAAUAUUGUGUCAAAUACUAGCGAUGUGUCAAAAGUUGAUCUGUUACCAAAUGACAAAAUAGCCUCUAGACCGGAUGUUGACCCAGAUGUAACAUGCAAACAACAGAUGCCUACACAAAACAGUGACACCAUCAAAGAAUUAAAAACCAAAGACACUGAAUCAUCUGACCAGUUAUCUGAGUAUGAUGGUGUUCUAGUAAGUGGAAAUGAACCCUGUGUUAUUUUAAUGACAAAAAAUCUGGACUGUAUUGACGAAACUGUACUGACCAAUAAACCAAUGCACCAGGGUCCAUUUGUUAAUGAUUUAAAGUCUGCAUCAAGUUCAGACGAGCGUUUACAUGUUCAUAAAUCACAGGGACAGUCUUCAUUAACUGAAGAAACCACUGAAGAUAAAAGUAGCAGUUCAUGUGCCAUUGAUAUUGCUAUGUCAAAGGCAGGUUUAUCAACUGGUAGUAACACUGAAGCUAAGAUGGGAAAAGCUCUUGCUGUCAGGGAUCAACCGAAAGCUGGCAUUUUAGUAACAGACAAAGAUUUGAAGUUUAGUGAAGCUUUGAAAUCUCCAUCCAGAGAUCAAAGUAGAGUCGUGAAUUCCAUUAAUGUAUCAGGAUGUAAAACUGGAGUACCUUAUAACAGUUUUACUACUAGAGUAUUGUCAAACUAUUCUGAUGGAUCAAGUGCAUCAAAUUCAUGCAGUGCAUCAAAUUCAUACACAAGCUGUGAAAGUGAUUUUUGUUGUCCUCCAUUUGAGAAAGUAAAUUUAGUUAACAUGAAACUCCCAGGUGACACCAAUUCCCUAGCUUCUGCAAAAAGGUCAAAUAAGGUAGCUUUAUCAUUGGACCAUGCUGUAAGUAAAGAUGAUCAGCGAUGGAAGAAGUGGAGAUUACUGGUGGGAGAUGAAAAUGUUGAAUAUACAAAUCGAGCUGCACAAAAAUCUGCAUCAUCAAAUGCAUCAUGUGAAUCCCAUUCUCACUUCAGUGACCCAUCCAGAGCUCAUGCUCAAAAUAUGCAGUGUUUCUAUCAUAGGCUUCAUCCAGAAUUCCUUUUGAAGGAAUUGGAAAAGUUGGUUUCUAGUACAAAUUCAAAAUUAGAACUGACAGUACUACUCCAGAAGUUGUCAGAACUGCAUGAAAUAAUCAAUCUGAGAAGUUCUGGUAAUGCCCAGAUGGUCUUCAAUGAAUCACUGAUUUCUUGUGAAUCGGAAAAGGAACUGUUUUAUGGCAUCAUGAUGGCUGCUGCAUCAGUAAUUUCCUUUGUGAAGGCAUACCAAGUCACUGUGAAAAGUGAAGGGAAAAUUAACCAAAAUUGUUUUGGACUAAUCAGUUUCUUUGAUAAAAUAAUCAGACAUGGCGUCAUCCUUAUUACAAAGAUGCUGUUUGGAUAUAAUCACCUUCUGUAUACUCACCAAGAGAAAUGUGCAGCUGUACAAAACAUGAACAUGAAUUCUCCACAACAACUGGUAAACCAGAGAGAUAACACAACAGUUAUUUCAAACAGUAUACCAUGUGGUCAUGAAGAGAUGACACAUGUUAGCAACCAACAUUCAGUUGCAAAGUUUCAAAAAGUCAUUGCUUAUAUAAGGGAGCUGCAGCGAGCACAAAACAGUAGCAAUACAAGGUGUGAAAAUUCAUCUGAGGAACUGACAAAUACUGAAAUGAUGUCAGGCAACCAAACAUAUGCAUUUGUGAGUUCUGCAGAAUCAAGUCAUAGUGGUCCUGACAAAUCUGAGAACCCUUUUCAUGACAAUGAAAUGAAUACACAGACAGCAAAUUACAGCAGUCAGAUACAGAGAGGCCCCGAAUGUUCUGUGAAAUGUACUGAAUAUCACAAAGCCUCUCGCCUAGAAAACCAUGCUGAGGUAAAGACAAAUGACUGUGAUGAAGAGGAAAAGGUUAUAGGCAUAGUCUCUGAUGUUGCCCUGAAUGUGGAAGUUGGCAAUGCCACAGCAAGUUCACCAGAUGAAUACCAGUCUGAUGAUUCUCAUAUUCCUUUAAAAAACAUGUCAACCCUCACAGCUACCUUAUCCACUGGUAGUUUAAAGGAUCAAUGCCAGUCUUCUGCCGUAUUCAAAAAAGAAGCUAACAAAACAAAGUCUAGAAAAUCACGCACUUCAAAAAGGUUGAAACCAACUCCUCAAGAUAAAAAAUCAAGUAAAUGUGAAUUCUCACAAAGUAGUAUUCCUUGUCCUGGAGCAUCACAAGGGAAAAAAGGGAAAAAAGAAAAAGUAUCGAAGGCAAAUGCACAAGGCAAGUCUGCACCUUCCAGAACUCAGAAAAGUAUUCCUGAAUCCAAUGAAAGGAAAAGACAACAUCCAGAAGAUUCGGCUGGUGACUGUGAUGAAUCUUCUUCAAGCAAGAAAUCUGCAAACAAAACAACAGAAGUCAGAAAAGUAAACAAUAGUAACAAGAAAAGUAAAGUAACAAACAAGACUCAAUCAUCAAAGAAGAAAUCAUCCACGAGGAAAACGUGUACAAGGAAAAGAAAAAAAUCUCAGUUUUCUGUAAAUCUCUACAGUUCAUCAUCAGAGGAAGUCAUUCGACCACCAAGAAGACGAGGUUUCCAACACACAGAUACAUGCUACAAGAUCUUCACCACUGUGUUCAAUCACAAGCGAAGUGACGAGUUCUGCAAUGAGAUUCUCUCUGAACACAAGCCAGACUAUUACAAGGUGGUCAAACGUGGCAUGUGGCUUAACUUAAUUGCUCAAAAACUUCGACAAGGGAUUUAUGAAACCCUUGAGGAAUUUGUUGAUGAUUUUAGACUUGUCUUCAAGAACUGUAGAUCCUAUUAUCCGCCAGAUUCAUACACCUAUGAAUCAGGUGAAAUAUGCAGUCAGCUAUUUGAGCAGCAGAUGAAAGAAGCAUUCCCUGAAAAGAGUUUCUGAGGUACUGGACAUUGAUAUGUUUUGCCAACCAGACUGGUCUUCAUACCAUAGAUGCACAUCUUAUUACAUCAUACAUCAUCAAAACCAAAUUGAAUAGGUAUUGCUACUAGAACUAUUAGGUUUUUUUUUUAAUGAAUUAGAAAGCUUAUAUUCAGCUUCCAAUAUGCAAAUGUCUAAUAUUUACUUGAUAUAAGCAUAACCUUGUUUUGUAUGCAACAGCAACUACCUAUCUGUAUGUCAGAAAUUACUUAACAUAUACUGAACAAAAUAAGAAACUUCCGCUAACUUUGCUUGAACAUAACUCGAUGAAAACAAACCGGGGGAAUAAUUGUUAUGUAUGCGUUUAAAGAGUGUUCAAUGAUGCAUCGUUUGGUGC